UCGCUAGUUGUUCGCUAAUGCCUGAUGAACGGUGCUUGUAAUCCAGCGUGGCUGUUCACGGCCUGGUAAACAGUUGCAGCGUGAAGUUACUCGUGGUAGAUCAUUUAUUUCAGGAAUAUUAUUUUUUCAGAAGUUAAAGAAGAUGGCAAACGACGGUGCAAUAAAGCUUUCUAAAAAUCUCUUACGGAUGAAGUUUAUGCAGCGUGGUCUGGAUGCAGAAACAAAGAAGCAGUUAGAAGAGGAGGAGAAGAGAAUAAUCAGUGAUGAACACUGGUUCCUGGAUUUACCUGAACUUAAAGAGAAAGAGAACUUCAUUAUUGAAGAAAGAAGUUUUGUACCUUGUGAAAAUUUGGUGUAUGGAAGAAUGUCUUUUAAAGGAUUUAAUCAAGAUGUUGAGAAAUUGAUGAUUUUGAUGAAUUCCCAAAGCAAGACCAAUGAAGAAGAGGAGAAGGAAGACUCAAGGGAAGCUGAUAUUUCUGAUGAGGAAAUGGCAAAGAGAUACGAAACCAUGGUGGAGAGCAUUAGGAAGAGGUUCAAAAAGAAGCGUGACCGAACUCAAGAAGAGGAUGUUCAGGGUCCAGAUGUCAAGAAAGCCUUUCUGAAACCUCAGGAUUAGACUGUACUAGUACAAAUGUUUCAAAAGAAUUUUUAAAUAUUUCCUAUAAAGAAAGAGAAAUUGCCUUUUUAAAAUUUUAUGUAGUCUUCAAUUGAUGCAUUUAAAUAAUUCUGAAAAUGACUUUAUUUGGAUGUUGUGCAUCCUUCAUUUUUGUUAUUGUAAGACACUCUGAAAGUCUGUAUCUAAGCAUUGGUACUCCCUUAUUGGGACUUAAUGCUGCUAGUUAGAUAAUGCAAAUCCAAAUGUUCUAGUUAAAAAAAGCUAAAAAAAAAAAAAAGGGGGGCCUUGAUUUUGGUACCAUUUUUAUUUAUUUACAGUACGCCAAAGUUUACAUUUUAAGGGUUUUGACACUUUCAGUCAAAUAGAAAAAUGUCAACUGAUUUCAUUUUUUGUUACAUUCAACUGAAAAAGUAGUAUUGCAAAAUCACUCAUACCAGUUAGAAAUUAAAAACAUUUUAAUAUUUUGAAAAA